AUGGCUUCCCUCUCGGCCCUCCGUCUUGCUGCCCGCCCUGCCACCUCUUCCAUCUUUAGACCCUGCGCUCGUUCUGUCAGGAGAGCUCCUUCUCUAGCUCAAUCUGCCAAUAUCAGAUCCCCCUUCAGCUCUACAGCCGCUCGGAAAAGCGGACACGAGGAAGAGACAUUCGAGGAAUUUUCUGCUAGAUAUGAAAAGGAAUUCGAUGCCGUUCAGGAUGUGUUUGAGCUCCAGCGAAAUCUGAACAACGCUUUCGCCUAUGAUCUCGUGCCUUCGCCCGGUGUUGUGACAGCCGCACUGAAAGCUGCAAGACGUGUCAACGACUACCCCACCGCCGUCAGAAUAUUUGAAGGCAUCAAGGCUAAAGUUGAAAACAUCCAACAGUACGAGGAAUACCUGGAGGAGCUGAAACCGCUGCGAGAGGAGCUGGGCGUCAAUUUGAAGGAGGACCUCUACCCCGAAAACAGUGACAGCCCAUAUCACAGCCCAUAA